CAUUUCUGACAAGCUGCAGCAAGAAACAGUUGUCAACUUUGCUCAAAGAGCAAUGAACGUUUUUCAUGGAUAUUGUGUUUCAUACUCUGGAAUAUUGCUGCUUGGGAUUAUUCAGGGUUUGUGUGUUCUGGCUGAUGAGAACACAGAGACAGUACGCAGGGCUUCCGGGAGCUCCCUCCUGUUACCACUUGGACUCCAAAAAGAAUCUGUGUCAUAUGCACAGUGGAAAUUUAAAGAGCAUCAAAUUGCUCGCUAUAGCAAAAAUCAAAUCCAUAUUAGUUUGAAUCACCAGUUCAUGGGAAGAUUAAAGGUGGACAAUAUUAAUGUUACUUUAGAAGUGGAAGCCCUUCAAGUUCAAGACUCUGGAACCUUCUCUAUUAUUGCAGAUGAGACUUCACAGUUUCCAACAAAGUUUAUCAGUUUGAUAGUCUAUGCCCGGAUUGAAAACAUUACUAUUCAGAGUAACCAGACCUGGCUGGAUUCUAUAAAGGCCUGUGAUGUUCAUCUUUGGUGCCAAACUUCUGAAGAUCCAAGUGCGUCUUACACAUGGAGAGGGUAUCAGAAUGGAAGUGGAGCUUUUCUGCACUUCACUUUCUCACCUGAAGAUGGCAACAUUAUCCUGAGCUGCACUGCGGCCAACAAUUUGAGCAAUCAGACUGCCAGCAAACCACUUAAAUGCAAAGAGCAGCCAACAACAGCUCUAAACCCAUUCUCAGCCCUCAGACUGCUCAGUAGUCUCUUGGCAGCCUCUCCAUAUCUGCUAGUGUCCAUCAUUCUAGGUGUUAAAUGCUACAGAGCUCAAGCUCACUCUGAUGAAAAGGAGAGUCAGUAUGCUGUAAAUGAGACUUGAACAUGUCAAUUUUCACAUUAAAACAUGUCACGGUGUGCCCCACAGACUCCUCACCUACGUGGUUGUGUUAGAGUUGUCACUUGUCUGUGAUGUUUGCCCAUGUGAUUCUUUCCCUCAUUUGUAGCCACAUGUCCUUAUUAAAUGUGUCAUGUGUUGCACGUGCCCCUUGUUAUCCAUAUGUCAUUUUCGUUUUAUUUUGAACAAAUGUCUUUCUGUGUGCACGGCUUGCCUCUGCAUCUCAUCUCUCUGGGACAGGCUCUCCCUUUUCACCCGCUGUUACUGCGGGAACGCUGUCCUGCAUGUCCCCCGAGCCCAGGGUCUCCCAGUGCAGCCGGCAUUAUAGAGGACACGCCAUCCAGUGUGCUCUGUGCUACGGCAAGCGCAACCACCUGCAUGUUUUCCAGGACCGUGGACACUCAUCCAGCACCUGGCCCAUCACCGCCUGGGGUGACGUCUUCCCUGGUGCGGACAGAUAUGCUGCUGCCUGACGCCACCAUGGACCACCAGAACCGUCAGUAGCCGAAGUGCGCCUGGCUCCCAGGACACCACUUAGCCCGGUCUGCUUCAUCCCCCGAACUACUACUGGACCCUGCCCUUCGCCCCAUCAGCGCCGCCUGCUUGGCCUUUCACCCUGGUCCUGGUGUCACUCCUGGUCCGUGUUCCUGUCUCUCCCUUUUUGUCUCUGCCUCUCCUUGUCUCUGUGCUCAUCCCUGUUACCAUCUUUGUGCCUUUGGUUCUCCCUCUCGUCCAGUUUCCUGCCUGUGUAGUGAUGGAUCCCCACAUCCGUUCCAUUCUGGCACCUCAGCCUCGAACCAAGGACCGUACCAUGCUGUCUUCAGGGAAGAUGCAGGCCCCAACCUCCCCUCUACCCCCAGCCAUGGACCUUUUGCUGUGGAUGCUGGCCUGCAUCUGACCAACUGGUCAUUGUUCUGACUCUGGUCUUUGCUAUUCGUGUUGUGUUACUGCUGUGCUACUUUUGACCCUACUGCCUUGUACAUUAAUUAAACACUUAUUGGUUUAAUUUCCAAUUACCUGGUCCAUAGAGUUGCUACCUUUCCACUACAGCAUCAUGAAGGUCUUCAAUUCAUUGCCUUAAUUAAACAUUGACAAACAAUUAUACUGUACUAAGCUUAAACAUGCAUUAUGCUUUGAAUUACACAGUGUGGGCUUGAGUGUCUUCAGUUUUGUUUAGGGUCACUUAAAAACUGGAGUGUGUAAUAUGUGAA